GCGUACGGAAGAAAUUCAACUAGAACGAGAAAAAACAUUGGAAGAACUUGGAAUCAUGGUCGAAAAAAAUGCCGUUGGUGUACAUCCUCCUAAAAAGGUGCCACACCUUGUCAAUCUCAAUGAAGAUCCUCUUAUGUCAGAGUGUUUGGUUUACCAAAUUAAAAAUGGAAUCACACGCGUGGGCCGCCUUGAUUCAGAGACUCAACCUGAUAUACGUCUAAGUGGUGAAAAAAUAUUGGACAAUCAUUGCCACUUUGAAAAUGAAAAGGGGGUGGUAACAUUGCACCCAUCUUCCGAAAGUACAACUAUGGUUAAUGGUCAGCGAAUAGCUAAGCCAAAGAAGUUGAAAUCGGGAUUUCGUAUCAUCCUUGGAGAUUUUCAUGUAUUCAGGUUUAAUAAUCCUGAAGAAGUUAGACGUGAACGUGAGAGACAUAGUAAACCUUCUUUGCAAAUCAAUCCAAACAUCAUGCCUCCUAAUGGAAAUGUGGAUGAUACAAAAGCUCCUGAUUCCCCUACUUCAACGGCUUCUCUCAUGUCGGAGGCCGUUAUUGAUUGGAAUUAUGCACGAAGAGAAGUAGCACUUAACUAUUUGAAUAAUACCGGUGGUCCUGACGCACCGGCUCUUAGCUCUUUGCCAGACGAAGAUCUUCAGAGACUCAUGGAUGACUUAAAAAAGAUCCAAAGUGCUAGAAAGAUUCGUCCUGAUAGUCGAAGUGGCGAUUUUGAUGACGCUGCAUCGGAAAAAACUGCUUCAAUUGGUACUUUGGACACCCUUGAAUCCUCGUAUGGUCCUGGUACACCAACAGUCGA